GCUGGCAGAUUUGUGUCACCCUAUUAAGCAUUUGAUAGCGAGGCAACGGAAACUCUGCCAUAGACACACAUUUGCUAGCCAGUCCAAAUUACAUGAAUAGAAAUUCCAAGUAGCCAAAAUGAAUACCUCCAUGAAUACCUCCGAGGACAAACGAACGCUGGGUGGCUCCUUCUUCGACGUGCUGUGGCCAUUGAUCCUGGACGAGAAUGUCUGUCGCAUCGAGACCAAGCCGGAUGAUUUCUUUGUGCCCCGUGAGCCCUUCAAUCGACUGGAGUGGCAUAAAUAUCUGGCCCACGUGGGCUAUCCUUUCUACAUGCCGCCACAUGAGCUGCGCUGCUGCAAAGGCGCCCAAAGGGAGGAGAUCGAGAACGAGGAUGCGGAAAAGGCCCUUAACCAAGAGGUGGAGGAGCGAAAGGCGCCGAUACAGGUGGACUUUCUGCGCCGCGGUUCCCAGGCCAUAAGGCCCAUCGAUAAGGUGGUAAAGGAACUGAGAAUGGAGCAAGAGCGCCGCCAGAAAUUGGCGUUCGACUUUGCCAAUCGGCGAUAUCCAUGGACCAUGCAAACUCCCAGUCACGAACUGGGCUUCACCGUCACGGAGGAGCUGCAGAAGUGCUUCAAGGGACCCAAGGAGCUGGACAUCUUGAGGGCCAUCCAUGAUCACGACUGCAAGCUAAUGAUCAUUGAUCUGGGCACUGAUGUGGACAUCAAGGAUUGCCAGCGCUGGAUCAAGUUUCGUCCUUACAUCCAGUUGCUGGCUUUGGUUCGCACACCUCGCAUGCAACGAUCGCUUCAGCUGCUCAAUGUCUUCCACACGCAUCUGGUGGAGGAAUCGGCUGACAACUCUUGGCAUGAUGAGUUGCAAUGCUCCCUUCGCACUGGCUUUGUCCACGCUCAGAAAAGCCACUUCCUCAAGUCCUGCGGGGAGCCACUUGUCUUCGUAUUCAGUCGGUUCCGCGGCAUCUGCACCUGCGAUGCCUUUAAGAUAAUCCGCCGAGCUUAGAAUGGAAUCCUUCUGGUUGGGAUACCGUCAUUAGAUGUUAGCAAAUGUAAGCUGAUGUUUCUAUAACUUAAUUACUGAUUAUACUUAAAAAAUUUAUAAAUGUACAAAAAAAUCUCUAGUUUAUGCAAGAAAAAAAUGGACAAAUGUAAAAAAAAAUCUCUAGUUUAUGCAAGAUUGUAUUAUAUGUAAUAAAUCGAAUUUCAAAUCGUUA